GUUCUGCCCAAAGCGGUAUUGUAAUUACGCCUCUCGAGUGACGCCAAAAGACGCGUGAUUUCGCGUUGCGUCGCAAAGGCAGGACACCGCGGCAGAACAACGACGAUAACAACUUUCUGCCAACAUCACAGUGCCUGGGGUUCUCGGUUUUUAUUUCCCGUUUGGCAAAUGAGUCUAUUAAUUUAAUCCAUACAAACGACACCCUUUUAUAAAAUGGCUUCUAAUGCAGAGUACGGGUUCCUGCGCCCUCCAAGUGAUGAAGAAAAUGCCCCGGUAUAUCGUGAAGCCUCUCAUUACAACCCCCUGCACACCUUCCAAUUACCAACCGGUCAAGAGAGACACUAUCAACAACAAUAUGGCGAUAUGUACUUCUUGAGACUUGCGAAAUUGAAGCCUGCCGUUGAAGAAAUUGCAACAGAGGCUUGGGAAGGAUUUAGUAUUGCAGGAGAACAUGCUCGCCGUGUGGAAAGAGUGCUCGAUGUGCGACAAGGAGAGCUCUGCUGGGUUGCCGGAACUAUUUACAUGGAUUUGCCUUUGAAGCCAAAUAUCCUGGAUGACUUGACGAAAGAGAAUUAUACAUUGGCUCCUCCACCUCGUCCCACAUAUAUCGAUCAAUCCAAUCCUUCGUUGACCCAAUUCAUGAUGGAAGACGAGUCGGGCCGCUUGCGUUUAACGGGAAGCCUGCUUCUAUCAACACAAUUAGCCACGGGAGCCGUUAUUGCUGCAUUGGGAACAGAAAACGCAAAUGGCGACUUUGAAGUUAUCGACAUUAAGGUUCCAGAUCUGCCUCAGCAACCUCGCCGGUGGGAGAGAGAUGGUGCCCCGGAAACCAAACAAAAUGGUCAUGGAGUCAGUAAAGGGAAGAUUGCCUUUGUCAGUGGACUGGGCAUUACUGGAACAUCGACUGAUACACUCGCGCUGGAGCUCUUGUCGGAGUAUCUUCUUGGGUAUACGGGGACUUCGACGGACAAUAAUGGUACCUCGCCGCCAGAUGCCUCAGCCAUUACAAGGCUCGUCAUUGCGGGAAAUUCGCUCGGAUCUAGUGUGACUGUCGAUGCUGCCUCAGCCGGCGCGGAAGCAGCUGCAAAGAAGAAGAGCGGGCCGAAGAAAUACGGGUACGAUGCUUCCUCAUAUAACGCUUCACCCAUUACUCAGCUUGACUCGUUUCUCGCCGAAAUCCUCCCCAGUAUACCUAUCACUCUCAUGCCUGGUGAGAAAGACCCAGCCAACUUCUCGCUCCCUCAACAAGCUAUUCAUCGGGCAAUGUUUCCCCGAGCCAGAGCAUACUGCUCUGCGCCCCCGGCAGCGGGUGAAACGUCCGAACCGGGCUGGUUCGACAGCGUAACAAACCCCUGGGAAGGGGAUGUAGAGGGAUGGCGGGUCUGGGGUACCAGUGGCCAGAAUGUGGACGACGUUCUCCGAUACUUGACCUUUGCCGAUGAUGAUGACAGAAAUGGGGACACCGAGGCACGGAUCAAGGUCAUGGAGGCCAUGAUGCGAUGGCGAUGUGGUGUUCCUACUGCACCAGACACAAUCUGGUCUUACCCAUUCCAAACACACGAUCCUUUUGUUCUGGAAUCGUGCCCCCAUAUCUUUUUUGCGGGGAAUCAACCGCAAUUCAAGACAGCAGUUAUCGAGGGAGACUCCCCAUUGAGGCUGAAUGGAGCAGACACGGAGAUGUCUGACGCAGAUGCCUCCCUUGGUCCUCGUGUUCGUCUUUUGUCGAUUCCAAAAUUCAACGAAACUGGGGAACUUCUUCUGGUGGAUACGGAAACCCUGGAAGUCGAAGUGAUCAAAUUCGGGGCAUUUGCCGGACAGGAGGAGAAAACAUAGCCAUAUCAAAAAUCUAUACCUCUUCAACAAUUGCACGUGUAUUCCAAAUGUGAAACGUAGUCGAUAAUCCAGCACCCCUGCUGCUAGGUGGUUAUAUACUCCAUCGGCAACGCCAAGACCCGC